AUGCUAUCAAUAUUAGUAUCCUCUAUUUAUUCAUUCGAGAACAUUUAUAAUACUGGAAGCUAUCAAUAUACCCUAAAUGAAGGUUUUUUAGAAGCAAACUUCAAAUUACCUCAAAUUAAUGAAUCAAAGUACUUUAUGAUCAUUUCAAAUCCAAUAGACGAUAUCAAAAUUAAUUCCAUUUUCCUUCAAUCGAACAUUUUUACAAUUUCUAACCAAACACUUAUUAUAUCGAGCAAAACUGUCUCGGACCUUUAUUUUGACAUUGUUCAGAUUCAAGAUUCAUGCUCCACUUUAGAAUUUCUUAUCAAUCCAGAAAAUAAUACUGAAUUGAAGUAUAAAGCAAAUCUAAAAUCUUCUGAAACUUAUUGCCUAUUAGCAUCUGGUGCUAAUUCAUUCGAUAUUACAGUUUCUAACAGUAACGGAAAUACAAAUCAAUUUUCAUACAGUAAUACAACAAACAAUUCGGAUGUUGUUGUUAAUGCUGGUGAAUCUAUAACACUGUCACUUCAGAAAGCUCUAUUAUUAAAGUAUACAGUUAAUACAAUCUCUGACGAUAAUGAAGUAUCGUUCAAAUUUACAUAUUCUAGCUUAAACGCAACCUCUUUUGCACCAAUUCUUGUAUACAAUGAAUCGAGCUCAUCAUACUUUGCCACAAACACAACGGUCAUUUCUUCAUCCCCAUCUUAUGCAGUACUCAAGUAUGCAAUGCAUGAUGAUUAUUCUGAGUCAUUUACUGCAAACCAUAGUGUUGAAGCUAAUACUUAUGUUGUGUUCUCCAAAUGGGAUUCAUCAAUUAAUGGCGUUGCUCACGUUGGAGAAACAAAACUUGAUAUUCUUGGCGAUACAAAUAUUGUUGCAGUUUGGUUCGAAAAGCCUGGCGUUCUCCGGCUUACAUCAGAUGAAAACAGUCAUGGAAAAGGAAGAUUCUUUGCUUAUUCAAUGGGAGAAUGUGAUUAUGUUUUAACGGCUUCUGGAGAAGAAGUUACACGUUAUUCAUCUUCAAACGAGAAUACCGUGUUUGCUUUGUUUAUGCUUUCUUGGCAGGCAAGGUGA